AUGUCCCCGAGCUGUGCGCGCCCUCUGCCGUCCCGCCCGGCCGGGUUCCCCCGGGCCGCCACCCUUCGCGCUCCAAGGCUGGGAGGCACACCAGGGACCCCGGGGUCCUACGUCGGGCGGGGGCGAGCGUCGCCCGGGUGUCACCCAAUCCACUGCGCCCGUCCCGCGUGCACGGUCCCAUCCCUCCGGAUCCUCCGAGCCGAGCCGGGCCGAGCCCGGGCCGCAGUGUGUGCUAGUGGGGGUGGGGGGACAGGUGGGUGCCGGCCGGGAGGGGGACAGACCCAGCAGCUGCCACCGCCUCCUCCUCCUCUCUGCUCCUCCUCCUUGCCCGCCGCAAACUUUCACAAAGCUGCGCGUCCGACCUCAUCAAUCUCCAUUAAUAAUAGUUGGUUGGACCGCGGGGGGGCGGGAGCGGUGUCCCGGGGCCGGCCGGGCCGGGGCCGCUGGGAACGGACGGGGCCGUGCGCAAGGGCGACACCCCCGGCCCGCCCCCUCCCUGCUUAUGAGCAAGGGAGCGCGGCGCCGGAGCCACACUGCGCGGAGCCCGCGCCCCGCCGCCACCUCGGCCCGCCUGCUGGAGCCCGGAGCCCGGCGGGUGGGCGCGGGGCGCACGGAGCGCAGCGCCCCGGGACGGCCGCAGCUCCCCGCGCCAUGCACCGAGCCGCGGGCGGCGGCGGCGGCCCUGGGGCCGGCGGAGGAGGCGGCGGCGGCGGGGGCGGCGGGGGACCAGGCACAGCCUUCUCCAUCGACUCGCUGAUCGGGCCGCCGCCGCCGCGCUCCGGCCACCUGCUCUACACCGGCUACCCGAUGUUCAUGCCGUACCGGCCGCUCGUGCUGCCGCAGGCGCUUGCCCCGGCGCCGCUGCCCGCCGGCCUCCCGCCUCUCGCCCCGCUCGCCUCCUUCGCCGGCCGCCUCACCAACACCUUCUGCGCAGGGCUGGGCCAGGCGGUGCCCUCCAUGGUGGCGCUGACCACCGCGCUGCCCAGCUUCGCCGAGCCGCCCGACGCUUUCUACGGAGGCCCGGAGCUCGCCGCCGCCUCCAGGAGCCACCCCGAACCCGGGGGCCGUCGUCCCGAGGCCGGCCUGGAAGCCGAGGAGCUGCUGCCUGCGCGGGACAAAGUGACCGAGCCCGCUCCGCCGCCUCCUCCGCACUUCUCAGACACUUUCCCAAGUCUGCCGGCAGAGGGGAAGGUGUACAGCUCAGACGAAGAGAAGCUGGAGGCCCCAGCAGGAGACCCGGCAGGCAGCGAACUGGAUGAAGAGGGCUCAGGCGGUGACAGCGAGGAGGACACUUUCCUAGACAGUUCCACAGGGGGCCCAGGGGCUCUCCUGGGACCUAAACCGAAACUAAAGGGAAGCCUGGGGACUGGAGCUGAAGACGGGGCACCGGUGGCCUCAGGGGUCACUGCUCCUGGGGGGAAAAGCCGGAGGCGCCGCACAGCCUUUACCAGUGAGCAGCUCUUGGAGCUGGAGAAAGAAUUUCACUGCAAGAAAUACCUGAGCCUGACGGAGCGGUCACAGAUCGCCCACGCCCUCAAGCUCAGCGAGGUGCAGGUCAAGAUCUGGUUUCAGAACCGCCGGGCCAAGUGGAAGCGCAUCAAGGCUGGCAAUGUAAGCAGCCGUUCUGGGGAGCCUGUAAGAAACCCCAAGAUUGUUGUGCCCAUACCUGUGCACGUCAACAGGUUUGCUGUGCGCAGCCAGCACCAACAAAUGGAGCAGGGAGCCCGGCCUUGACUGGGCUCCUGAGGACCGCAAGGCAGAGGGUCUGGACCCAGCCUGCCCUAGACUGGUGGGCGCUACAGACCAGAGGGACCAGCUGUGCUUUCUUGACUGCAGAUGUGCGCGCACAGCCCCAAGACCGUCCCGGAGAACUUCAUCGAGGACUAAGGGUGCAGGUUCUGACUCCUGAGGAGCUGAGGAAACUGAGGUGGACUCCUGGGAUGGGGACUCGAAAUGCCCAUGGCCCAGAGGAUUCUGUGACUAAGGUCCUAGGGCAGCUUGUGAGUCCAGCCAGGGAUCAUGGCUUAUUUAUUUUGUGUAAAGUUUGCAUAUAUGGACUUUUGUCUCUGUCUGUCUUCACCCUGAGGUGGGCGGGCUGGGAAAGGUGGAAGAGCUUCAUCUAACCUCUCUUCAGUCCAAGGACGUGCAAAGACAUAUGGAGCUACCACUAGCUGUUCUCCCUCCUCCACCUGCCCACCCCACACCUCCCACUCCCACUGGGCCAAGGCGUCUGGGCUCUCUGUGGGACAGGCCAGCCUUGGCUCUGGCUUUCUCCUCUGUGAGAAAGGCUGUGCACCUCAGGGUGAUGCUCGCUCUUGCUUGCACUGAAGGGAGAUUGGGCACUCAACCUGUUUAGCUGGGGAACGUCCAGCCUAUCUGAGUAGAGGACACUGUCCUGCGACUGGGAUGGGGGAGGGGGCUCUCUUCUGCCAACUGAG